AAUGAGCCUGCGGGUGUUCAGUGAGCUCGGUGAGCUCGGCGGCGACAAUGACAGGCCCCCCGAGAGCUGCGACUUCCUGUUUCCGCCGCCCGAAGCUUCCGGGCGGCCGUCGGUGCUGCGUCCGUCCCAGAAGGAGAACGUGCUGCCGCAGAGCGGCGCCAAGGGCCCGAAGGUGACUUUCCAGACGCCUCUGCGGGACCCUCAGACGCACCGCAUCCUGAGCCCCGGCACCAAGGGCCGGCAGGAGCCCCCCUCUCCUCUGCACGAGCGAGGCCCCGCGCGGCGCCUGAGGUGCGGGCGGCGGCUGAGGUGCGGGCGGCGGCGGGGAGCGGGCGCGGGCAGGAUGGGCGGGCGGCUCCCCUGCCCCUUGCUGCCGCCCGGCCUCGUGCCCCCGCCCGAGCCGUCCACCUCAGGUGCCGGGAGGCGUGUGGCGCCAUCGGGAGCGGGCACAGGCGCUAGUCGCGGGCUCUGCCCUCCCCGCCUCGCCUGGGCCUCACCCCGCGCACAGUCCCCGGGCCGGGCGCCUUGUGCUCCGGAAGCCAGUGCGGGGCUGGUCGCCGUCUGGGAUCGGCUGGAACGUGCCCGCCUCUGCCCCCCACGCUUCUCCCACACCGCACCCGUCACUGUUCUCUGCCCCCUGCCCUCUGCCCUCUGCCCCCUGCCCUCUGCCCCCUGCCCUCUGCCGCAGCACAAGGGCUCCCGCUGCGCGCCUCUUCUCUGGAGCCCCCGAGAAGCGAGCCCCACGGUGUGCCCACCCUGCCCCGGCCCCCAGCUGAAGGGGAGACGGGCCCACAGCAACUCGCCGCUGCUGACCGGUUUGUUUCUAAAAAGCCAACAGCUGUUCACCGAGGAGGCCCGUGUCCAGACGGCCGACGGAAUCCAGAAACUGGCAGAGGCCGGUACCGACCAGCCUUCUGGCUGCCAGAGCCCAGCCACUGAGGAUGGGGGUUUCUGCGGACCCUGCACAGCUCGCCCGACCCAGCCGGCCACGGAUUCACCACAGACUCUGGGACCUCCCCUGGGCAGCCCCGACGGAGCCCUGGGAGAGGACGCUCCUGACUCCCCAGGAAGGGUGGGUCGGUCCGGCUGUGACGCCCUAGCAGGCCCAGUGGAGACGGCACCCCAGGACGGAAGGGAAGACCCCGGCAGGCUCCCCACACCCCCUCCUGAAGCCUGUCCCGCAGGGGUGUCGGUGCAGCCCUCGGGCAGCCCCACGAGCCUUCAGACGGCGCCUGCGAGAACAGACUUCAGCCUCUCCGAGGCUCCCGCCGGCCAGAGCCCGUGUCCGCCAAGGGAGAUGGGGAGGGCGGCCGAGAGCCCCGCAGCCCUGCCCCGGGGGUCCUACAGCCUGAACUGGGACGAGCUGGAGGACCCCAACUUUAACCCGUUCGGCGGAGAGACCCGGCUCCCGGGAGCUCCCCGGAGCAGCCCCGCCAGGCAGGGCGCCGGGCCUGUGGCCGCCAAGCCUCUGUCCCCCAUCCAGCCGGUGCUCACAGCCUCGUUGGACACGCCUGUCUCGGAGACCCUGGAGGGGCCGGCGGGCGAGGAGGGGACCCAGCAGGCGCCGCCCCCCCCAGGUCCAGGCAGCGCACUCGCAGCCCCGCCGGCCAGGCCAGCAGCCCCCACCCUGCAGGACCCAGAGCCGAUCCCCGACCUGGGUGAGGAGUGCUUCCAAGACCCAGCCAAGGUUCUAGGCACAGGGGCCGAGAUAGACUACCUGGAGCAGUUCGGGACAUCCUCGUUCAAGGAGUCGGCCUUGCGGAAGCAGUCCUUGUACCUCAAGUUCGACCCCCUCCUGAAGGACAGCCCACUGAGGCCGGGGCCCGCGGCCCCUGACGCCGCCAGGACACAGGAUGUGGACACGCCUGCCCCGAGGAGCCCGGCAGGGGUGAAGUUGGUGCCCGACCUGCUGGGAUCCCCAGACACCCCCGGUCUGCAGCUGCCGCCCUGCGUCCUGGGACCCGGAGGCCUCCCGCUGCCCCCGGGGCCCAUCGUGGAGGUUCUGCAGUACAGCCAGAAGGACCUGGACGCCGCGGUAGAAGCUGUCUGCAGGGAGAAGCAGCUCCUGCAGAGCAGGUGUGAGGAGCUGCAGGCCAGGAUCCUGGAGAUGGGGCAGAUCAUGGACGGGUUCGAGACUGCCACGUACCAGGCGAUGGAGGACGCGCGGAAACAGAAGGAAGAGUCCAAAGCUGAGAUCCAGAAGCUUCUGAGGGAGAAGGAGCAGCAGAGCCGGGACCUGCGCUCCCUGGAGGGCUCCUUCUCAGACAUCUUCAAGCGUUUCGAGAAGCAGAAAGAGGUCAUCGAAGGCUACCGCGCGAACGAAGACUCGCUGAAGAAGUGUGUGGAGGAGAACCUGGUGAGAAUCGAGAGGGAGGCCCAGAGGUACCAGGCCCUGAAGACACAGGCAGAGGACAAGCUCCAGCGGGCCAACGAGGAGAUCGCCCAGGUGCGGAGCAAGGCCAGUGCAGAGGCCCACGCCUUGCAGGCCAGCCUGCGCAGGGAGCAGAUGCGCGUGCAGUCUUUAGAGAAGGCCGUGGAGCAGAAGACCAAGGAAAACGAGGAGCUGACCAGAAUCUGUGAUGACCUCAUCUCCAAGAUGGAGAAGAUCUGAGCGUGCCCGUCUGUCCAUCCCUUUGCCCGUCUGUCCAUCUCUUUGUCCGUCUGUCUCUUUGCGUGUGGUCCCAGCCUCGCCCUCUCACCUGUCUUUUCACCUGUCCAGGUCCUCUCCUUAAGGCCUGUGUGUUUCCUUCGCGUCCCUGCUGUAGACUCGGUUGUUUUAGAGCUAAUAAAGAGCAUUAAGUCCA